AUGGCCUUAGCUGUCGUCACCUCGGCCAGGAAACUGCGACCCUACUUUCAGUCGCACACGAUUGAAGUGCUCUCCAACCAACCACUCCGAACGGUUAUGCAGAAUACCAACCAGUCAGGACGGUUGACUAAAUGGGCGAUGGAGCUGAGCGAACAUGACAUCGUGUACAAGAAUCGCACAGCAGCAAAGUCACAGGUCCUUGCAGACUUCUUGAUCGAGUUAACACCAGAGCUGGAGCAAGACCUCAUCCUACCAAGAGAACUCAUCCGGCAGUCAUUCAGUUAUGGUUUUGCGGCGUCAAACAACGAAGCUGAGUACGAGUCCCUCAUCGCAGGGCUCCGCCUCGCCAAGGCAGUAAAGGCCAAAAGAAUCAGCGCUUACUGCGACUCUCAACUUGUUGUGAGCCAGUACCUCGGCGAUUACGACGUCCGCAAUGAAAGGAUGGACGCCUAUCUCAAACUCGUUCCUCGCGGAGAAAAUAUCUGUGUCGACGCCCUCGCUGCUCUAGGAAGCAAGCUACACGAUCAAGUCAAGAGGACAAUCCCAAUCCAUAAAAUCGAGAAACCGAGCAUCGACAUGAAGGCGGAACAGACUGCAAUUGCAGCAGCGAUUAGCGAAGCGAUGGACAUCGACGAAGCAGAACCUCCUUCGCAGGAUGAUCAGCCAACAGACUGGCGCAAGGAACUCAUCGAUUAUCUCGCUGAAGGUUUAUUGCCCACCGAGAAAUGGGACGCGCGGCGACUGAAGCGACGUAGGGCACACUACGUUGUCAUGGACGGGGAACUACACCGAUGGACCGCGAUGAAGGUGCUACUCAAAUGUAUCUCCGGCGAAGAAACGAGACUAGUCAUGGCCGAAACACAUGAAGGAGCAGCAGACAAUCACUCGGGCGGACGAGCUCUUGCAUUAAAAGUGAAGAAUCUCGGAUUCUACUGGCCAACCAUGAACGCCGACUGCGAGAGAUAUGUGCGCAAGUGCGACAAAUGCCAGCGUCAUGCUCUCACCUUACACAGCCCAACGCAGUUCCUGCAUACCCUAACUGCUCCAUACCCAUUCAUGCGAUGGGGAAUGGACAUCAUCGGUCCAAUGCCGGCAUCUCGCCAAAAGAAGUUCAUCCUGGUCCUCACAGACUACUUCACCAAGUGGGUUGAAGCCGAAGCCUAUGCCAGCAUCACCGACAAGGAGGUGCAAAACUUCGUCUGGAAUAACAUAAUCUGCUGA